AUGAAGACCCGAGCCGGUUCGCUUCCUAGAUUCCUCUGCACCAUGGGUCUUCUCGUACCACAGGUUGCAUCUCAUACUAGUAUUUCUGCUGCUAUCGGUCAAUGCUCAUUAAAUCUCCCAGCAUCAUUACAAUCUCAGGCGCAGUUAGGAUGUCCACAUCCAGUUGACGCGAAGACUACCGAUAGACCCGUUGACUGGUCGCCAUGGACGCACCCGCCGGAAUGUGUGCACUCGAAAAAGUCGCCAGGGGCUUCGUACUGCGUUUACUCUAAUUCGCAGCACGGGAACGGGGGUGUCAGCAUAAUUACAAGGCCAGAAACUGCAGCAAGCACUCUUGAUAUCUUAAACGACUCCGGGUACACUCAUCUAAAACACUUUGUUAACAACAGCGCUGGACCAGCGUACGAAAUUGCCGAUAUCCCCGGGAAGGGGAAGGGGGUCGUUGCGACGCGCCAUAUCAAGCGCACCGAAGCAAUUAUGGCGGAUUGGGCCGCAUUGGUAGUGGAUUUGGACCUCCCGACUUCGAUAUUGCGUACAGAAGGGUAUAAACUAUUUCAUAGAGCUGUAGAUCAGCUGGCAGAUCCGGAUCGCGUGCUUCAGCUAGCUCGGAGCAGCACAUUCUCAGGCGAUAUCAUAGAGGAUAUUUUGAGGACAAACUCAUUUUCUUACACGCUGGCGGAUGAUUCUCAUAUGACAUUAUACCCGGACGUUUCUAGAGUUAACCAUGCAUGCCGUCCAAAUUCUUUUAUAAGGUUUACGCCUUCAAAUUUGGCUGUGAGUGUUGUGGCUCUAAGAGAUAUCAAGCCUGGAGAGGAAAUCACCAUUACCUACGUACCAUUAGGAAAUGCAAAGGAAGAAAGACAGACGGCAUUGAAGAAAUGGGGAUUUGAGUGCACAUGCUCACUUUGCACCGCAUCCAAAACCGAGAUCGCCGUAUCCGAUUACCGCAGAGAGAAGAUCAAGAAGUUGCGCAAAGAAGUCAUGAACGCCGUCGGGCUGUGGGACGGAACUAGGGCUGUCAAGCUCACGCAUGAAGUCCUGGAACUUAUGAAGGCAGAGGACCUUGCGCCGCUUUACUCCAGCCAGUAUGAGAUCAUGGCGCGGUUGUACUGGAAGGCGGGGGAUAAGACGACGGCGACUAAAUACGCGCAGAUGUCUUUAGACACGCUGGUGGAUCAGGGGUAUAUCGAGGAUACCCCAGAUGCAUUACCGAUAUUAUUGCAGACUUUUGAUUAG